AAGUGAUGGCAAGUUGGACAAGAGCUGUCAUGAUAAAGCCGUGUUCUGGAAAAUUGUACACGAACAGAAAUUGACACGCUUCCUUCUAUUUUUAUAUUAACUGUAAUAACAGUUAGUUUAGGUUAUAACUUAUUUCUUAUUCCCAGUGAUAUUAGCAAGCCAGUUACAAGAAAACCGCGAAAAUGAGUACAAUACUGGAGAAAAUUGCGGCUAUAGAGUCCGAGAUGGCUCGAACGCAAAAAAAUAAAGCCACAGCUCUGCAUUUGGGUCUACUCAAAGCCCGGUUAGCUAAAUUGAGACGAGAACUCAUCACUCCCAAGGGUGGCGGCGGUGCAACAGGCGAAGGUUUCGAUGUUGCCAAAACUGGUGAUGCCCGUAUCGGGUUUGUAGGAUUUCCAUCUGUGGGGAAAUCUACUUUGCUGUCUAAUCUGGCUGGAGUCUACUCCGAAGUAGCAGCCUAUGAGUUCACAACCCUUACAACAGUCCCAGGGUGUAUUAAAUACAAGGGUGCGAAGAUUCAGCUGCUCGAUCUUCCUGGUAUUAUUGAAGGUGCUAAAGACGGUAAGGGUCGUGGUCGUCAAGUAAUCGCCGUCGCCAGAACUUGCAGUCUUAUAUUCAUAGUACUGGAUGUACUGAAACCAUUGCAGCACAAGAAACUGAUUGAACAUGAGUUGGAAGGUUUUGGACUGAGAUUAAACAAGCAACCUCCGAACAUACACUUUAGGAAAAAAGAUAAGGGUGGAAUUAAUUUGAAUACUACAUGCCCCCAAAGUGAAUUGGACAUAGAAACGGUGAAGACAAUUUUAUCGGAAUACAAAAUUCAUAAUGCUGACAUUACUCUCCGAUAUGAUGCUAACAGUGAUGACUUGAUUGACGUGAUUGAAGGAAACCGAGUGUACAUGCCUUGUAUUUAUCUACUUAAUAAGAUUGAUCAAAUCAGCAUAGAAGAAUUGGAUGUAAUUUACAAGAUUCCUCACUGUGUACCCAUCUCGGCUCACCACAAAUGGAACUUUGAUGAUUUAUUGGAGAAGAUGUGGGAAUACUUGAAGCUCAUCAGGAUAUACACUAAACCUAAAGGACAGUUGCCUGACUACAAUGCACCUGUAGUGCUGCAUGCAGACCGCACCAGUGUUGAAGAUUUCUGUAACAAACUCCAUAGGUCCAUUGUAAAGGAAUUCAAAUAUGCUCUCGUCUGGGGAUCAUCCGUGAAGCAUCAGCCACAGAAAGUCGGUAUCGAUCACGUGCUAUGCGACGAAGACGUUGUCCAAAUCGUGAAGAAAGUCUAGAACGUAACAUAUACUGAAAGAUAUAUAGAAAUAUAUAUAUUUUUGCGAAACGAAAAUGAAAUAUAAAUGUUCUAGGAUUUUGAGUGUCUGAUAAAUUUAAAAA